AUGCCCCCCGAAAGCGAUAUGGCUGUCGCGCAGGGCGGCAGCAAUAACUCGAGCGACUUUGUUCGCAAGCUAUACAAGAUGCUCGAAGACCCCGCAUACAGCGAAGUUGUCAGAUGGGGCAACGAAGGCGACAGCUUUGUCGUGCUCGAGAAUGAGAAGUUCACCAAGACCAUCCUGCCGAAACAUUUCAAGCACAGCAACUUCGCCAGCUUUGUGCGCCAACUCAACAAAUAUGACUUCCACAAGGUCCGGCAAAAUGAAGAGAACGGUCAAUCUCCGUAUGGUCAUGGGGCCUGGGAGUUCAAGCACCCUGAGUUCCGUGCCGAUGCGAAGAACAGUCUCGACAAUAUUCGAAGGAAAGCUCCCGCACCGAGGAAGGCCCAAGCUCCCGAGGAAAAUUACGGCUCCAACACCCAAGUCCAAGCCAUGUCCGAAAGUUUGGCGGCGACACAGCAACAGGUUCAGGCACUGCAGGAUUCUUAUUUCGAAAUGGCCCAUGCAAAUAAGGUUUUUGUGGACGAAAUUCUUCAUCUCCAGAAGCUAGUCAAAUCACAGACUCAGGUGCAUGAACAGCUGCUCACCUACCUCAACAAGGUCGAAACUGAUCGAAGACAUGGGCGUUCGUCAUCCAACCACUCGAACCACUCCACCCCAGCGGCAUACGGUACCGGCAACUUGAUGUCGGACGGAACAGAAGAACCAUCUGUGGAACUGCGGAGGGUGCGAGAGCUGCUUAACAGUAUCCAAGGCGAACACAUUCCCGAGAAGGACUUGCGGCAAAUGUCAAUCCAGUUCCAACAGAUCGGUGCGUCUCCGGAAUCGGCUGGAUCGUCUUCGAUGAUGGGCCCUCCGAAUUCGGCCAGUAUAAACAAUCAGUUCAUUCACGACCCAAUGAAUGACAUGCGACACAUGGUGUAUCCAGUUGGGCAGACCAUAGGCAUUGACCCCUUCGCCGCGGAGCAUCUAGGUAAUAUCCCGUACAACCGUCCUCUGUCGCAAAAUGCCAUUGGCCCUGUGAACGACUCCGCUGGGCCGACCAUGCCAUCUGUGAGUCCACCUGUCGGCGGCACCCAAGGAGGAUCGCCAUGGGGCCUCAAGAAGCCGCGUAUUCUGCUCGUGGAAGACGACAAGACGUGUUCGCGAAUCGGUUCCAAGUUUCUUGCGCAAUAUGAUUGUGGUGUCGAGGUUGCGCGUGACGGGUUGGAAGCUGUAAACAAGGUCAACACGAACCCGAACUGGUUUGAUCUCAUCUUCAUGGACAUUGUCAUGCCACAACUUGAUGGUGUUUCCGCAACCGCCAUGAUCCUUGACGCGCAGCCUAGGAUACCCAUCAUUGCCAUGACAUCUAAUAUCAACCAGCAGGACCUCGAAAUGUACUUCCAUUGGGGAAUGCGCGACGUAUUGGCCAAGCCAUUUACCAAGGAUGGGAUGAUCAAGAAGUUGCAGAAACACCUCCCGGGUUUCCUUCGAAACCCACCAGCUGAUGCGGUCGCCGAGACCAUGUACCAGAAUGGAGCUCCUCCCGGUCAGCCCCCGACCCCUGGGCCGUACGUGAACCCUGGACCAAUGAGCCUUCCCAUACCGGCAGCGUCGACUGGAGUGGCGAAAUUCGACACAACGCCGGUCCAGUCCCCUGCGACAAGUACUUCUUGGCACUCUCCGGGCCAGAUACCCCAGCAAUCGCCCAAUCUUGCCCAUGAUCAAGCGUACCUAAAUGCCGGCAGCGGGCAGGUCAUGUCGCUGACCCCCGGCGGCACCCAAAGACCCUUCCCUGGGUCCAUGAUGCCAGCGAUGGGAGGGCCACCAGGAUCCCGGAUGGCCGAGAGCGUUUCGGCCAGUGAAGGCCCUCCCGAGAAACGGCAGCGGUUCACAUACGCCCAAUGA